AUGUCUGGUGCGUUAAUCAACCGUUCUUUGACUACCAUAAGAACAGAGCUUGAAUUUUUACGUGAUUCUGAAGUAAUCACCGAAGCAUUAUUCAACAGAUUAGAUUCGGCCCUUCCACAAAGAUAUCAAAAAGAUUCAAAACCAUGGGAUGUUGAUGUCUUAAACUCAGCAUCUUCCGGAGUCCCAACACCUUCCCCUGUACCACAAGCACCACCUGCUGAGGUUAACAAAGUGGCAGAUUCACUUGCAAAAACAACAAUUUCCCCACCUGCUUAUACCCCACCACCACAACCACAAGUCCGUAAACCAGUUGGAUAUUGUGUAGCUCUUUAUGAUUUCCCAGCACAACAAGCAGAAGAUUUAAAUCUUAUAAAGGAUGAUAAGAUUGCAAUCAUUGAGCAUUUAUCUGAAGACUGGUGGAAGGGUUAUAAGAAUGGUACUGAUCCUGAAAAAGCUGGUGUAUUCCCAUCUAAUUAUGUCAGAAGCAUUUCAGAACAAGAGUUCAGUUCUUCAUAUUCGGAAAAAGCUAGUUAUAAUGCUCCACAAUAUAAUACUCCACCUCCACAACAACAACAACCUUCAUACGGCGGAUAUGCUCAAUUCCCACCACCAUCCACGAAUUACUAUCCUCCACCACAACAGUAUCAACCCCCACCCCCACAACAGGUACAAGAGGUACAACCACAAGAACAACAGAAUAACCGUGUUGAAGAAGGUGCGAAGAAGUUUGGUAAGAAAUUGGGGAAUGCUGCGAUUUUCGGUGCUGGUGCAACCAUUGGGUCUAAUAUCGUUAAUUCUAUCUUUUAA